UUGGGUCGGGGAGCCCGACUAUGGUUUCCCUAUAUCGCGAGCUGUCACAGAGGCCACUCCAGUUCCAUUGGACCAAUCUUGUACUUAGGUUUUGGAACUCUGUGGUUAAGAGGCCGGGAACGUUGUGUCACCGGGCAUUUGUCGCUGACCUGGAGUUGGCACUUGGGGGCGCCACUGAGUGUUGGGCAAGCAAGGUACUAGCCUUUCUUACUAGCUUAGGAGUGGAGCCCCCCACUAAUACGCGCGGUAAUGAUCUUAUAUCGUACUACACCACCCUUAAAUUGCCAGUCGAGAGCAUUCUUAAGGUUUUUGCCAAGCGGCUUGAUGCUCGGUGGGAGUGUCCGAAUACCUUGGGUGACCCCCGCGUCUUCCCCAUAGGAAUUACCGGAGCCAAGGCGUGUCGCUAUAUGAACUGGAUGGGAGCUGCCCCGUCAAGGGGUGCGCGUCUUGAUUGGCUGGAGCACACUAAAGGGACCAUGCCCCAGCGACUUCAUCAUGUGCUCAUGCGUUUUCAGUUAGGCUGUUGGGAGUUAGAGGUUAAUAGACCUAAUGGGCGCCACCCCUGGCAUUGGCCAGGUACCUCUCGGAAAUCUGGGAGGCCAGGCACGUCGUGCUGAGGCGCUUCGCCCUGAAGCGGACGAGGGAGAAUGAAGAUGACCUCCCGUGUACCCGCAUCAAUACCAAUACAACGUCCAUGGGCCCCCCGGCUUUUAUGGACACACCCGCACUUGUGUGCGGAACUUGUAACUUGUA